GAAAUUGUGUUAGCUUGUUUUAAUCACAGUUUAUUCAGUAGUUAAUCAUAAUGACAAGUUUUGCCUUUUUACAGAGUUCAGAAUAGGAACAUUUCUCCCUUUUUCAUUUUGUUUGUUCAGGGUCUCAAUCCAGUUUUAAGGGAGAGUGGAGAAAUCAGACAAUGAAAUGUUUUUUUUGUUUUGUUAAGAGCUCAGAAUGGGGAGGAAAAGAAGGGUGGGGGAUUCUAAUAAGAAUUCAGAAGAAACAUAUAGAAUAGUCAACACUUUUCUUUUUCCCAAAACUGCUGUAUCAGAGUCCAGACAAUUCCUUUGUGAAUCAGAAUUGGAUGCGGUUCACAAUUCCCCUGGUUGUGCAUUUUUAACAAGCAGGAAAGCUUGUUCUUCAGUACUACUCCAUGUUUAUGGCAGUAAGUGUGAGUCAUUAAAUCAACUUCUCGACCUUUAAUGAUCUGUAAUCUAAUAGCUCAUUUCGCCAUAUUCUGAAUAAGUGGGUAGCUUCAAAUGAGUUCAUAAAAGACUGCAUAGAAAGAAGAGGGGGUAUAUCUUGCUGAAGCCAUUUUUUUGCUAUUAAUCGUUUGUAUAAGAUGGCCUGAAAGGUAUUCAGAGCAGUUUGAAAUAAUUUUUUCAAUGACUUUAUCACAAACGUUUCCUUUCUUAACAUUUAAGGAGAAAGCUAAUGUAUUGAUAUCUAGCAUCCCUGGUUUAAACCAUGAAAAUAUUUAGUUGUGCUUUUAAUCUUUUCGAUGCGUUAGAGAUGAUAAUUGUUAAUAAGCUCUGUGGAUUUUGUUUUGAAUAGAAAGGCUGGUUUGUGAUUCAGAUCUGUAUUUCUGAUGAGGGAUUGGGAUCUAGAAUCAGGUGGUAUCUUGGGUCACGGUGCAAUUUUCAGGCUUUGUGCAAAUAUACAGAGGGAGUAUGAGAAGCUCAUCUCACAGAUUUAAGGAUCAGUUUAGUAACGAAGGUGAGAUAUUCAAACAGAAUGGUUAUGAGCUUACUGAAGAAAAUCCAGAGAGUACCUUCAUUAAGCAUUUGUGGUGUUCUUUGUAGAUAUUUAUUAAAGAAGCCCUUUUACGUAGCCAUCUAUCAAGUUUUCCUAAGAACUCUAGGCAGUUUAAAUGUAUGGUAUUUGCUAACUUAGAAGAAGGUGUACCACAUCACUGAGAUCCAUUUAAGCAUCUCCACUUAGUUGUUAUGGGAGAUGUAAUUGCCUAGAGGUUGCAUAUGAUCGGCAGCUGUGAUUCUGUCAGGUAGUACUGAGCACUUCCUGUACAUUUGGGAAGCAAGCAAGUAAAGGAUUUUUCCUCAUAGUGGACACCAAUAGUACUUUUGCUUUUUCAUACUGUGAAACAUCAGUUGUGCAGUUACCAUCCUUUGCAUCUGGAAAUUUGUCAAUGUAUAUUAUGCUACUGUAUGAAAAUUGUCAACCAAGUAGUACCUGCAGUUAUUCUAUGAAAAUGAGUGGUGGAGUUGUGUUGGAUUUUCUCAGGAUUGUGGGUAUUUCUGGUUUUGUUUUUUUUUUAUUGCUGUUGUUUGUUUUCCAUUUUGUGCAGUAUUCUAUGGAUUUCUUUAUUUCUCUUGUAAUGAGUUGUCCUAAUUGUUUAUAUUGUGUAGCAGUGAGGGACAAAAGAAAAAUGAUUAAAAAAUGAAGAAAACUGUAAAACCACACAAGUAUGGUGGCAGCACUGGGGUUACUUGCAGUACUGAAAUUUAAUUUUUUUUAAUUGACAGGAUUUCAACUUGAAUUUUAUUUUUGUAUACAAACUGUGUGUGAGUGAGUUAUAAAAUGUGCACCUGUCCACUCGUUAGAGCACUUAUACCUAAUAUAUUUUUUGAAAUAACUCCAGUUCCAGUAUAUUUGCAAAAAUAUAUUAAAAAUAUCUGUAUUUGCAAAAAUUAAAAAACAAACAAACUUCACUCACAGACUGCUUAUGGACUGACUAAAUAAAAAAAUGUGUUAUUACACUUUAAAUGCCAAAAAGCAAUUAAUAUCAGUUGUGGAAAAAAAGAACAUCGAAGUCUUUAACCAUUUCAAUGUCCACAAAGGCAGGACCUCGUAUCUUAAGGGAUGUUUGAAACUCAGUACUGUGUGAGGAUACUGUACUCAAAAAAGUGUCUGUGGGAACAGUAUUUAGUUUUAGUCUAUUUCCAGACGAAAUGUAGAAGGCUCUUUGAAGUCACAAAUAGGAUUGUUUUUUGUGUUUUUAUUUUUGUUUCUUUUUGUUUUAAAAUCCAUAUGAAAUUAUAAAUCCUGUAUCAUCAAAAAUACUAAAGAUUCUUCAAGAAAUGCCUGUCUGCUUUUAGAACUGUAUUAUUCCUUCAAAUUAUGUUGGCAGUGACUCGUGUAAUGCUUUGUUUCCAGUAAGGUUAUGAAGAUUUAAUGGCAACAUAAUUUUCUGCGCAAGUGGAACUUAACCAGUUAUCUCUUUUAUUGAUGAUGCACAAAAACAGAUUGGAGUUGAGCUCAUUUUUAUUAAGUAUUUGGUUCUGCAUGGCUGAUAGGAAUAAAAAUUAAAGUCUGUCAUUCAGUCAAGGGCAAGUGGUUGUGAAUAUGCAGAAGAAAGAAAACCUUUCAUGUCAUUUUUUGACCAAAAUUUGAUUUUGAACUGUUUCUUUAACACUGAGUACAGUUCUGUAAAUUCAUAUAAAAUGUGGUUAAAUGAAUUUGAAAAAAGUUCAAGAAGAUUUAAAUGAAUAUAUUUUUUUAAAAUACUAGAAAAGCUCUCUGGUAUCUUUUAAGGAUUUUUUUUUCUUUUUCCUUUCUGCCUCUUUUUCUAACUUUCCAGUAUACACAUGUAGCGUUUCCUUUUGAGUUUAGGUUGGGAGAGCAAGAUGUGCAAACUCGAAGGCUGAUCAAAGGCUGACCCACAAGGCAUAGGUCUGCUGAUCAUAUGUGGAUGCAAGGACAAUCCUGAGAAAUAAUCAGUAAGAGUUCACAUACCUGGAAUCAGAAUAAAAUCAAAUUUUGAACAUUGGUACUAAUUUUGGGGAGCAGAGAGGAAUGUUUGAGUUCCUACACAUCUUGAUCAUCUACAUCAUAGGUGUGGUUCAAAUUGCUUCAACUUGACAGGUGUGAAACAUUAGAGUUGCAUUAAUACAGACCUAAUUUCUUCACAGUGGUAGUUAAACACCAUGAAGAUAAAGAAUGUCUAAGUUUGGGAUCAAGAUUAAGCCUCCUAAAGAGAUUAUAUUUUUUUCAAUAGUAAAUAUUGUUGUUAUACAAAGAGAAGGACCUCAAAUGAGAGGUGGAAUAGUUAUUAAAAGACAGGCAUAGUGGAAUGUGUGUUUCAUUCACUGUCAUAUUUAUUAAAAGCCUUCAGAGAAUUGAACCACAGUAUAUGUGAUGAAAGUAUUUAGACAGUCCUUUCAUGAAAAUAAUUUCUGUUGUAGCUUUGUAGGGGUCCCUGACAGAGGACACGUGUGAAUCUAGAGACACUUGGUCGAUAUUCCCUAAGAAACCUCAUCUUGUAAUCCACUCAUUGUUCUUGGAUUUCAUUGUACUGUUGAAAUUCGCUCUUGUGAUUCAGUUUGUUUCCCUACCGAUUCUCUUCACAUGCUAUUUACACAGGUUUUUUUUCCACAUAUAUUUGCCCUUCAUUUUUAUGAGGAGUACAAAGGUCUUGUUGAAAUCGCUCUACAAAUGCUUUUCAACGUGUGCUGGCUGAAAUAAUUGUGUACAUCAGCUGUGCUUUCAAGUGUUUCAGUGUUAGAAACCGAUUAUUUCUAUCACCAGGUAACCAGCUAAUGGUGGAGGGGUCAUUUGUCAUGGAAAGAUCUGAUCACGUUUCAGUGCUUUCUUUGUAAGGUGUUUGAGUCUUACUUUAUUGUAGAAUUUUUCAAACCCUGCAAGUGUACUUUGAAGAGAAUAUCAGAAAGAUACAGAGUCAACCAGAGUUCACUGAAAACAUUUAAAAAACAACUUAUUUACAGUUUUUCCUUUGGGGGGGGGGGAGGAAAUGACAUUUUUCACAAGGAGCCACAGACACAUUGGGCAACUUAAAUCUCAGCUGACUAUAAUAGUAAUCUCCUGCUUUCAGCCCGCUUUAUUAGUAGGAAAGCAACACACCUGAAGAAUUCUGCCUCUUUCAAUCUCAAAUCUGUAUUACAAGAAAUUUGUGUGUUGUCUUUCAUAGAUACAGCUGUUUUGCACCUUUUUAGUUGUGAUAGACUUUAAUAUAAAGCGUACUAAGCAUUGGUGAUAGGUGGAUGAUUGGAGUAGAUGGUCUUGGAGGUCUUUUUGAACCUUGCUGGUUGUAUGAUUCUCUGAAAAGCUCCUCCCGUUUCUUGUUUUUCUUCGCUGUUCUAUUCCAUUUAUGAGGUUGCUGGAGAGCAGCAGAAGUCACGGAGUCUCUUUGGAAAUGAGAUGGUUGCCAUGACAAAGCUCCCAGCUGCUUCUUGUCCCAAAUGAGAAAAUCAUUUUUAGACUCACAUGUUUCAAGGUUAGGCUACAAUGUUUUAAACUGAACAGUAUAGUUAACUGAUUUGAAUCAGAGAUCUGCUAAAAAUUGUUUGUUGGAUAGAAUAUUUGUUCUGUUAAUUUAACUGAUCUUAUUGUUGUUUUUAUUUGUUUUUGAUCAGAUAGCUGAGGUAAAGCUGCUGUACUGACAUCAAGAUUUGCACGUUACUGAAUUCAGCUUGUCCAUAGCAUCCCUCUCUAAUGUUCCUAGUAUGCUCCACUGGAGUCCUCUGGGGCUUGCAAGCAUUCGUAUGGUUUACGUUCAGUCAAGGAUAGAUGUCCUCAUUUCUCCAAAUAAUGGUUCAUCUCACAAAUAAUGAAUACAUAAAAAAGACUUUAGAAGCUGUAUUGAAAACAGUGUUAAAUAUCAUGAAUUUCAGCAGUUUAAAAUAACUAGUUUCUGUUUUGUUAGACAAUCUCAUGUUUUGCAUGCUGUUGCCAGCUCAGAGGAACAAGUGAAAAUUGUUAAAAACCUUUUUUUUUAACUGUUCCUAUUUGAAGAUACAAGUGCAUUUAGUCAAGAUUGCAAAGCAAUCCAGUUCAAGUUGUUCAAAGGCACAGAAGUGUCUCUAAAAGCUGGGAUCAUCCCGUGUCCUUCCCUCUGCCCUGCUGAGCAGUCUUCUGUAUCUAUCAAAAUUUUUGUUGAAAGUAACUAUUCACUGAGAUCUUUUUUAUAUUUUAUACGUGGUUCGCAUUGCUAGAACAUUGUCCCUUGAGUUCCUUGUUCUGCUGAACAGAUAGCUGUAUGAAAGUUAGCAUUUGCACAUUUCUGUCACAGUACUGAUCCAUAAAUCCCCUGUUUGAAGCCUUUUGAAGAACCUGGAUACACAAGUUUCUAGCUUGUGCCAAACUCUAUGCCAUAAUAUUUACUGGCACCUGCUGAUAUUUGUACCCAAGCUACUAAAGUAAACUAAACUAACUUUUAAAGUAAUGCUGCUUUGCCCUCGCUGGAGCUGACGACUUCACUGUAUGGGUCAGAUAGGAAUGCUUUUCACAUCCCUUACAAAAACAGUCCAAUUAGCUGUCCUAUGGUAUCCAGGUUGUCUUUGCAACUAAUGUCAGAGCCUGAUGAAGAAAUAAAUUGUUCAGUUUCAGUCAAAUUCUCCCUUUUUAAGAGUAAGUUAAUUUGUUUAAAUAUUUGUUUAAAUACUAUUUAAAAUAAAGAGAACUAUUUAAAAAUACCUUAAAAAUAAGAAGAGUUGCAUUGGAAUAAUUAAUGUUUGCUAAUUAAAGACAAGCAGAUUCAGAGGAAUAAUUGAAACCUCAGCAUAUUAUGGGGAAGGAAUAUGCAGUCACUGGGUUGAGACAUUAAAUUUCUUAAUUAACAUGGCUAACAAUAUCAUAAUUAUUUUAAAACCUGUAUAUGACACAAAACCUUACCAAUGUAAAGUAGUCCUGCCUUCCCAUGAUUACAUAAUUUUCAGGACUAAAAAAAUGUUCUCAAAAUACUUGACCGAGAGCAGAAUAUCAUAGAUACUCAGAACAACUGCAGUAUUUGCUGGAACAAACGUAUAAUUGUUAUUAUAAUUAGAAAAUGAUGUUAACUAAAAACUGCCUAAUUACUCACUUACAGAAAUUAAACUCAGGACUUUGAGGACAUAGCCAAAACCUAGGGAAAGGUGGUUCAUUUGGCAGAGCUGCAGGACAGGUCAUAUGCCAGAAUUGCCCUGCAACUGGCCCAUUUCACAGCGGCACACAGCCAAGCACACCACCAGGGUAGAAAGUGCUCAAACUGGGCUGCAGGUUGGAUCAUGGAGUGUUGGCUCAUCUUGACUCUAGUUUAGACGUCAUCUAGAAGUCAUUCAGAUAGAUAACACAACCUUCAGAUGUAAUAUGUCAGAGCAAAGUCCACCAGAGUAAGCACAGUAUGAAAUAAUGAAGAUGCAAUUUUGCUAUGCUUCUACAUUUGAGAUAGUGUGUUGGAGCUGAUUUAUUCACCUGAACUUGAGUAGCAGGCAAAGUACAACUGUAGAGUAUGAGCUCAUACACUCGUGUGCACUUGUUUCUUUGUCAAGCUUCACUGUAAGAGGUGGGCUGACUCUGAAGAAAGAUGCUGUUGAAGAGCUCAGCGGGAUUUGUUCUGAUCUUGCUCUCCCAUUGCACUGUGCCGGUGACCACCAAAGAGGCAGUGAUCUUGGCUAAUGCUCACCUUCUGUCUCAAAGAGAUUAUGAUAGACUGGCUAACAUCAACGAUAAAGACUAUCUAAGGGAUUGUUUUGAGAUUUUUCAGCGCUCCGGAGGAAAUUCCAGAGAUGGUCUUUACAUCAUCCAACCAAAGGAAGACCCAAUUGUUGUCUCUUGUAACAUGCAGGAUGGUGGCUGGACAGUAAUCCAGCACAUUACAGCCAACAGUACUGUCGACUUUGAUAGGACGUGGCAGGAUUACAAAUAUGGGUUUGGCUCUGUUCAUGACAACCACUGGUUAGGAAAUGAGUACAUGCAUCAAUUAACUGGUGGCUCUGUGCAGUAUGUACUUGGAGUUAAACUUGUAGACCUAAAUGCUGAAAUCAAAUGGGGACAGUACGAACCAUUCCGUAUUGAAGAUGAAGAAGCUCAGUACCGAAUCAGGGUUGGCCUAUACGAAGGCAAUGCUACUGAUGCUCUGACUCUGGACACAGAAGCUUACCUCCAUGACAACCAGAAGUUCACCACCAAAGACAGAGACAAUGACAAUUACUUUCAGAAUUGUGCCAAACUAGAACACAAUGGUGUUCCUGGGGGAGGAUGGUGGUAUGACGCAUGUGCUGGGGCAAAUCUAAACCGUAGGAACGUGAUAUACUGGCAAAAGGACUGCAACAAGAAGCAUUUGUGCAAGUUUUCAUGGAUGAUGGUCAAACCCGUUGAACACAGCCCAUUGUAUGCAACUAACACUUGUCCGUGUCAGAAGGAGGAACUGUAGGUGAGCCAUGUAUCCUUUAAAUGGAUCAUGGAUUCUUUGUCAAGUGACCGAAGUAAAAUCACACUAAUGAAAUAUGAAAUAAUAACUGUGAUGACAAAUUUAGCCUUUGCAAGGGCUUUGUGAUCACAUAACGUCCAGGACUGGACCUAAACCAUAUAGAUAUUACCAAUCACAAAAAUGAGAAUAGAUGACCUCUAACAAAAGAUUUUACACUACCCAUUUUAUAGUAUUUUGGCCAUAAGAGGAGUUAGGUGUGAAAUCUGGGAGAUGUAGCAGAUACACAUACGUACACAUGAAUUUUAGAAGGUUUUGCUCCAGGAUGAAUGUUCAUCAUUAACUGCACGUCUUCACAAAUUAUGCAGGAAGGAAAUUUCAAGGGAAGUACCUAUAUUUACAUAAUGCUUAUCAGAGAGCGUUGUGUACCAUAGAGUAGCAUAAAGCCUUUCCUUUUUACCUUUAGUGAAAGAUCUUUUAAUAUUUUUACUUGGUAGGAGCCUUACCUCCAAAUGCUUCUUUAAUGAUUCCGUAUCUAAUGAAUUACUCAGAACAGUAUUUUCUUCCUUCUUAAUAGAGCACCCAGAGCUAAUGGCCUCAUCUGCUUUCCCAUUAAGGGCUACUAGUCCAUAGUUCCAGUUUUUCCUCUUGUUCCAUGAAGUACUAAAGCUCUUUUUUUUUAGUUUUUAUUAUUAUUAUUAUUUUAGUACCAUUGUGCGAUAAGAACAGUGUUGGCAUUAUUUUACGUAUGCUGGCUUCAAUUGUUUUGGUACCUUGAGCUUAUUUAAACAGUGCCUUUUUUCCCAAUUGUAACACAAAGAGAAAGCCUUUAAAUUCAUGAUGAAUUCAUCUGUUUUAAAAUCGUAAAUAAAAGGAUUUCAGUAUUGGUAA